GGACAACCUUGGCAGAAGUUGUCGGCGCCUUUUUGACUGUGGAAGCACCACACCACAAAACAUCCCACGAACAAUGAAAAAUGGCAGAGACUCCCCAGAGAGAAAAAUGGCAGAGAGAAAGGAAAACAUAGUGAUGUUCCCAUUCAUGGCGCAAGGCCAUAUUAUCCCUUUCCUAGCCUUGGCCAUUCAGAUGCAGCAGAGAAACAACUGCACCAUAACUUUUGUCAACACCCCACUCAACAUCAAGAAGCUCUCCUCCUCCCUCCCUCCAACCUCCUCCAUUCGCCUCGUCGAGAUCCCCUUCUGUAGCUCCGACCACGGCCUCCCGCCCGACACCGAGAACACCGACGCCAUUCCCUACAACCUCGUCAUCCGCCUCCUCGAAGCCUCCGUUUCUCUCAGACCAUCGUUCAAGAAACUCAUCCAAGGCCUAAUCGAAGAGCAACACGGCCAACGCCCUCUCUGUAUUAUCGCUGACAUUUUCUUUGGAUGGACGGCAAGCGUGGCUAAGGAGCUCAACGUUUUCCACGCAAUCUUCAGCGGGGCAAGCGGGUACGGGUUGGCCUGCUACUACUCUCUCUGGAUGAACCUGCCUCACCGGAAGGUGAUCGAUUCCGAUGCGUUUCAGUUGCCUGAUUUCCCAGAAGCUUCGAGCAUUCAUAUUACACAGCUAGCAACAAAUAUACGCGAGGGUGAUGGUGCAGAUGCUUGGUCGAUCUAUCAGAAGGAAAAUCUUUCUGGGUGGCUGAAAUCUGAUGGGAUUUUGUUUAACACUGUGGAGGAGUUUGACGAUGUUGGAUUGCUCUACUUUAGGCGUAAGAUUUGCCGGCCUGCUUGGCCAAUCGGACCGGUUCUUUUACCUAUGGAAAACAGAGCACGUGUUGGGAAAGGAGGCAUUGAAUGGCUGAGUACAAAACCAGUGAAUUCUGUUCUAUUUGUGUCUUUUGGGUCGAUGAAUACGAUCUCUGCCUCACAAAUGAUGAAUUUGGCGAUGGGGUUGGAGGCUAGUGGCAAGAAUUUUAUCUGGGUUGUUAGGCCACCAAUUGGGUUUGACAUAAACUCGGAAUUCAGAGCGAAAGAAUGGUUGCCGGAAGGAUUCGAAGAGAGGAUUAAGGAUUCGAGAAGAGGGUUACUAGUAUACAAUUGGGCACCCCAGGUGGAAAUUUUGAGCCACAAGUCAGUUUCUGCAUUUUUGACGCAUGGUGGGUGGAAUUCAGUGCUCGAAGCUCUCAGCCAUGGCGUGCCAAUGAUCGGAUGGCCGAUGGCAGCCGAGCAAUUCUUCAACGUCAAGUUGCUGGAGGAGAAGAUGGGAGUUUGUGUGGAGGUCGCUAGAGGGAAGAGCUGCGAGGUUAGAUGUGAAGAUAUAGUUGCCAAAAUUGAGUUGGUGAUGAAUGAGACAAAGACAGGUAAGGAAAUGAGAAGGAAAGCUUGUCAAACGAUGGAGAUGAUUAAGAAAGCCAUUAAAAAUGAGAAAGGUGACAAAGGGUCUUCUGUCAAAGCCAUGGAUGACUUUUUUAGUGCUGCACUGUCAAUGAGGGAGAAGAGUGAGAAAGAACAUUGCGGCGUGAUUCAAGCAGAAAGGAUUUGGUAGAAUAACUCAUUGUAGCAAACCAAGUUCCAUUUUUCUCUCCGGAGGAAAAGAACAGCGGUGAAAGAAGCAAUGCCAUCUAUGUAAGUGUCGGCAAUUUAGCUAAUUCCAGUGUGAGUUUUAAUUUUUACCCCGAUAUUUUAAGUUAUUCACUCA